CAGAGAGAAACCACCCCAAAACCAGAACAAACCCUCCCUCCCUCGCCUUCCCAGGCCCCCUUCCCCCCCCCCCCCCCCCCCCCCCCCCCCCCCUUCGGCGGCAAAUUCAAGCUCGGGAGCUCGCAACCGUGAUUGAUUCGAUCUUGCUCGCGCAGGGAGUACAUAUUUCUCUAGGGUUUUAGCGGGUCCGCGAAGGAGCGGACUUAGGCGGAGCCUUCCUGAUGGCGGCCGCGAAGGCAGAUGCAAAGGCGGAACCAACCGCCACAGGCGGCGGCGGCGGCGGCGGCGGCGGCUCGUUCACCGAGGAGAGGCUAUCCGAGAAGCUCAAUAAGCUCAGCAGCUCAGCGGCGAGCAUCCAGACACUUUCGAAUUGGUGCAUAUUUCAUCGAAAGAGAGCCAGAAGGGUUGUUGAUACAUGGCAGAGGCAGUUUAAUAAUGCAACAACCGAUAAGAAAGUAUCAUUCCUGUAUCUGUCAAAUGACAUCCUGCAAAACAGCAAACGCAAGGGAGGAGAAUUUGUGAAUGAGUUCUGGAGGGUUCUUCCUGGGUUACUGAAAGAUUUCUACGAAAAUGGGGGACAAGAUGGAAAGAAAGUAGUGGCAAGAUUAAUAGGGAUUUGGGACGAGCGGAAGGUUUUUGGAACACGGAGUGAAAGUCUGAAGGACAUUCUUGGUGACAAUCCUCCUGCAUUAAAUAGCAACAGCACUACUUCAAAUCCUACCUCCAAGCCCUCUUCAGUUUCGAAAUCUUCUCAGAGGGAUUCCAGUCCAAUAAUAAAAAAACUGACUGUUAGCGGGAUGCCUGAAAAGAUUAUAACCGCAUACCAAUCUGUACUUGAUCAAUAUUUUGACGAAGACACAGCUUUAAACAAAUGUAAGAUUACAGUGGGUGUUUUGGAGAAGAUGAAUAAAGAUGUAGAUGAGGCUUGUACUAAUGAUAUCCAGCAAGCGUCGUCGCUGAUAUCCAACCUUCAAGAACAGGAAGCAAUCCUGAAGCAGUGCAUUGAGCAACUUGAAAGUGUUGAUGCGGCAAGGAUAACCCUGAUCAGUAACCUAAAAGAAGCCCUUAGUGAAGAGGAAAAAAAGUCGGAGCUUCUUCGCAAUCAGUUGCAAGUUGCUCGAGCAGAGGCUGAACAUGCCGUGCAACUAAGACAACGAUUUGGUGGUGCCCAUGCCAUUAAUGGGGCAUGGUCUAGUUCUAGUACGCUCAUGACCACUAUCCCGUCAGAGCAGACUGCUGCGAUGAUGCAGAAUGCAGCAAUAAGCCCAAUAACUCCCCAGUUUCAACCACCACAUCCAGCAAUCCCGCUUUCCGCCACAGCCAGUGCUGCAGAUGAUGAGCCCAAGAAAACGGCAGCAGCUAUGGCAGAUAAACUUGCAUCUUUGGCAUCUCCGGAGCAGGUGCUCUCCUCCAUUUUGGCCUCCCUUGCUGCAGAACAAGCUGCUUCCAUGAAUGGCGGCCCGCCUUCCGUAGAGCUCUCGGAAGGGCCUCCAGGCUUCCAGAUACCAAAGAGGCCUAGAAUCGAGAAUCCUACGCAAACCGGUGAUAUGGGUGCUCCCCCUUUCUUUGGGCAAUUGCUGCAGGCACAGCAGAAUGGAGCAGCGCCUACUUCUCUUGGAGGCAUGCAGUCAUCGAUGCAGGCAAAUCAAGCACUGGGCGCAUUUGCACCACUUCCCCCUCCACUGCCACCUAUGCUGCCGCCACUUCUGCAGCAAUUCAGUCAAAAUGGUGGAGGAAUGUUCGGAAUGGGACCUUUUGGGAUGCUGGCCAGCUCUAUGCCACCUCCACUGCCGAACAUGCUACCUCCAGGUUUUCCAAGACCAAGUGGGCCGCCACCUCCACCUCCUCUUUCACCAGCCCAGAAUCAGAGUCAGACCCAGCAGCAGCAGCAAUCUCCACAGGCACCGCAGCAAUCCCCAACAUCAACUGGUUUCUUUCCAACACCAGGCAUUGGUUUCUUCCCUCCGGUUCAGAUGCAGCAAUCACCGUCGGUCCAGCGGCAAUGAUUACAUAGCAACUGUCAGGCUAAAAAGGUGUCAGUUUCGGCCUAAUUUUGUAUAUUAAGCAAUAAUUCCAGAGUGUUAGUUGGCAGGUCUGCAGGCAAGCAGGAUCAUCAAUGCUUAUGAGUCGGAAAGGUUUGUAGAAUAGGUCGGUGGUUUGUGUGAUGUAUAACCGGUAACUUUUCCGUUUUGGUUGAGGAGGUUCAUCAUAUGAAGUGGUUAAGACUCUUCUUCGUUGAUCUGUGGCUCCUUAAUUAGUCCUGAGUCAAACAAAUGUUGCUGCUUGAAGAGCUGUGAACAUUGGGCUCCUCAACGUGAGAACUUACCAGUGGCUUUGGAACACAUGUUAUAGACCUAGUCUCAUAGAUCAUGUUGUUUGUUUAAUUUAAAUCAUUUAGACUAACAUUUGUUUACAUUUAUUUAUUGAUUCAAAUAUAGUGUUUCGUUUAUUA